UUCUGUCAAUCGCUUGAAGCUCUCAUUGGCCUAUACUCAUGUCAGUCAUCUCUUCUGCGCUGUGAUUGGUCAGUACGCGUGCUUGCGCUGUAGAGCCAGUGUAGAAUCUGAAGUGGCUUUUCAGCGAUUAGCUACGAUAAAGAAACCAGAUUUCGUGUGUAGUCAUGACGACUCUGGAUGAUAAGAUUCUAGGAGAGAAGCUGCAGUAUUACUACAGCAGCAGUGAGGAUGAAGAGAGUGAUCACGAGGAAGACGACAAAGCAUCCAAAACCAUCCGCGACCAGGAGGUGCUGGAUGUGGAGCUCGACUACAAUGCAGAUGGCAGUUCGGUCAACACCGGGCCGAAGGGUGUGAUCAAUGACUGGCGUAAAUACAAGCAGCUGGAGAACGAGCAGCGCGUGGAGCAGCAGAAAGAGAUGGAGCGGCUCAUCAAGAAACUCAGCAUGACCUGCAGGUCACAUCUAGAUGAAGAAGCCGACAAACAGAAACAGAAGGAGCUGCAGGAUAAGAUUGCAGGGAAAAUGAACCUCCGUGUGGAUGAAGAAGAGGAGGAGGAUGAUGAUGAUGAGGCCUUCCUCCAGCAGUAUCGUCUGCAGCGCAUGGAGGAGAUGCGGCGACAGCUGUGUGGAGGGCGGCGCUUUGAAAAGGUGAUUGACAUCUCGUCGGGGGAGGAGUUCCUGCGCGCUGUCGACGAGGAGGAAAAGAACACUCUGGUGCUCGUCCACAUCUACGAGCCAGAGGUGCCCGCCUGCCAGGCCAUGGAUGGCAGCCUUCUCUGCCUGGCACUGCAGUACCCAAUGGUAACAGAAACAAAUUGUUUCAUCUUAGGGCUUUAAUUGUCUUAAUGUCUU